AUGCCAGCAGCAGAGUCCAUGUCCCCCUCCUCCGUCCCCCACGAAUUCUGCAUCAGCGAAGACCUAUCCGAACUACAACCUAACCAAAAACCACCCCCGUCCCUGCGCGAAGCAAGACUACCCCUAUUACGCCCGCUUGAAAAAGCCGACAUUCUUGAAUUAUGCAUCCAGUCACCGUCCAUUCACAUCGGUGACUACAACUCUAUGGUUGAGGCUCAAGAACGAAAUCUCGAUUUGCAACCCCUCUCCAAGUUAUGGAGGCAGGAGAUGAUGAAUCUGCCCCCUUUCGCUAAGAUCAUAUUCGAUCUGACAUUGCCACUACGGGAGGACGAAGAUGCCAUCGUUUGGGAUAUAGGCAAGCGCAGAGAAGGAUGUUUUAUCGUCGGUGUCAGAGAAGUCAUGCAUAUUGCUACCACUAUUGCUUUGACAACGAGAGUGCGCUUGAAGGGUGAGGCGGUUUCUUUUGAUCUUGAUUACGAGGAUCUUGAUCUUGUUUAUGAUGAUGGGAGUGAUGAAGUCGUGUCUUGGCGUCUAGAUGCGCUGCGGGAGGAGAUUAGGGCGUUGGGUACGGCGAAGUCUAAUGAGGUGAAAGGGGAGAGUGGGGGUGCUGGUGUGGGCGUGGGUGGACAAUCUUCGGAUGGAUCUGUUCAUGGUUUGGAUGUUGAGGUUGGACGGACUUGA